AUUCCAUUUUUAGUCCUGAUUGCAUGAGAAAGGCUAAAGUCCACAACCUUAAAGAGCAACUUUGCGAGGCAGGCAUGGGUGUUACUUUGACGCAGGGAGCAGUUGAAGCCCUUUUGAAAGGCUCAGAAGUGAACAACCCCGUCUUACAACUGUUGAACAUCCGUCAGAUCAGUAGUGCCUCGGGUCCAUCCAGGUUCCGGCUUAUGAUGAGUGAUGGUCGACACUCUCUGUCAUCCUUCCUUCUGGCCACCCAGUUAAAUAAUCUACCAGAAGAAAACCUUCUGGUACAACACUGUGUGUGUAUGUUAAAGAAGACCACCACUAAUACAUUGUCAGAUGGCAGGCAAGUGGUGGUCGUGGUGGACAUGGAGAUAUUACAAUCUGCAGAACAAACUGGAGGGAAGAUUGGAAAUCCAAUUCCAUAUAAUUCAGACGGAAAGCUGUCAUCUCCACAGAAGGUAUCAUCUUCCACCUCUGAACAAACAUCCUCUUCAUCUGCUGCACUACCUGGACCCUCUCAUAGGAACAACACCUCAGCCUUUUCUGCCUCUCGAGGAGCUGGAAGAAAUUUAACUGCAACAGCACUGAUGAAGACAUCGCCCAUGAAGACAUCGCCCAUGAAGACAUCGCCCAUGAAGACAUCGCCCAUGAAGGCUUCGCCCAUGAAGACAUCGCCCAUGAAGACAUCGCCCAUGAAGGCUUCGCCCAUGAAGGCUUCGCCUAUGAAGGCUGCCGGCAGUUCUCUAGUUUCUUCAGCAAAAGUGAUUCCUAUUGCUUCUCUUAACCCCUACCAGAGCAAAUGGACUAUCAGAGCCAGAGUCACCAACAAAUCCAAUGUCCGUAACUGGAGUAACUCUAGAGGAGAGGGAAAGCUCUUCUCCUUUGAGAUAGUGGAUGAGAGUGGUGAAAUCAAGAUUACUGCCUUCAACAACGAAGUGGACAAGUUUUUCUCUCUAGUGGAGCAAGGCAAGGUGUACUACAUUUCAAAGGCGACAUUGAAGGUGGCGAACAAACAGUACACCACGCUGAAGAAUGACUACGAGAUGACCCUCAACGCUCAUUCAUCUAUUGUGCCAUGUGAUGACUGCCAGGGCAUCCCCACUGUGCAUUGUGACUUCGUGCCCAUCGGAGAGCUGGAAAACUGGGACAAAGAUGCCAUCAUCGAUGUGAUUGGAGUGUGCAAGAGUGCAGAGGAUGUAUCGCGUAUCACCACAAAGAGCAGCAGAGAAGUCUCCAAGAGAGCCCUCAACCUAAUAGACACAACUGGCAAAGAGGUGACAAUCACGCUGUGGGGAGAGGAGGCUGAGAAGUUUGAUGGUUCUGGGCAGCCAGUUGUUGCUAUCAAAGGAGCUCGCUUGUCUGAUUUUGGAGGCAGAUCUCUCUCUGCUUUGUUCAGUUCAACAAUCAUGGUCAACCCAGACAUACCAGAGGCCUUCAGACUGAGGGCUUGGUAUGACAAAGAAGGUCAUGCUGUUGACAGUCAGUCACUGACAGAGACCAGGUCAACCAGCAGUGGAUCAAAGAUGAACUGGAAAACACUGAGCGACAUAAAGGAUGAAAACAUGGGCCAUGGAGAGAAGGCAGAAUAUUUCAGCUGCGUGGCAACAGUGGUGUUCACACGAAAGGAGAAUAGUCUGUACCAGGCUUGUCCAUCUGCAGACUGCAACAAGAAGGUUAUAGACCAGCAGAACGGCCUCUAUCGCUGUGAAAAGUGUAACAGGGAGUACCCCAACUUCAAAUACAGGCUCUUACUUUCUGCCAACUUGGCAGACUUCGGGGAUAACCAGUGGGUGACGUGCUUCCAGGAGACAGCUGAGGUCCUGUUGGGUCACAGUGCAAAAACACUGGGACAGCUCAGAGAAAUGGAUGAGGCUGCAUUUGAUAAAGUCUUCCAAAAAGCCAACUUUACAACUCACGUCUUUAAAAACAGAGUCAAGCUGGAGACGUAUAAUGAUGAGAGUCGAGUGAAAGUAACUGUAUUGGAAGUCCUUCCUGUUGACCACAGAGAAUACAGCAGGAGACUCCUCAGGAACAUCCACAAAUUGGCUUCCUAAGCUCCGUUCCAGUUAUGUGAUUGAAUCAGAAGAGACGCAGCCAGGGAUCCGUGUGAAUUCAUGGCAGACAAAACUGAUAUGCAGUUGUUUGCUUCCUUCAGCAGCCUGAGUGAAGCACAGCAACACUAAAUGGAAACAACUUUCAUUUACGCCGUUUGUGGCAUUUUCACACUUGGAUGGUUUAAAAGGGUUCUACUGUUGACUGUAAAUGUUUCCAUGCUGCUUUCUAGGUAUUUUGCAUCAUGUACAUAAAACUCAGUUUUUUUUUUCUUUUCUUUCUGAUUAAAAAGUGAACUAACU